AUGUAUUCCCACAGAACGAUGCUUUCGAUAAGGUCUCAUAUGCUCAAAUCUUCCAAGCGUUGCAUUUCUGCGUCUGCAAGGAGACUAGCAGACGUUGAAGUUACGGUUGAUGGGAGGAAGGUUUCGGUAGAAGCUGGAUCGUCGAUCAUUCAAGCAGCCCAAUUAGCUGGUGUUCAGAUUCCUCGUUAUUGUUAUCACGAUAAAUUAGCUAUUGCUGGUAACUGUCGUAUGUGUCUAGUUGACGUUGAGAGAAUGCCCAAGUUGAUUGCCUCUUGUGCUAUGCCGGUACAAAAUGGUAUGGUUGUUCAUACUGAUUCUGAAAGAAUUAAAAAAGCCAGAGAGGGGGUUACGGAGAUGUUGUUGGAGAAUCAUCCUUUAGAUUGUCCGAUUUGUGAUCAAGGUGGUGAAUGUGAUUUACAAGAACAAUCGCAAAGAUAUGGUUCUGAUCGUGGUAGAUUUAAAGAAGUGGUUGGUAAGAGAGCUGUUGAAAAUAAAGCCAUUGGUCCUUUGGUUAAGACAUCAAUGAAUAGAUGUAUUCAUUGUACUAGAUGUGUUCGUUUUAUGAAUGAUGUUGCUGGUGCGCCUGAAUUUGGUACUGCUGGUAGAGGUAAUGAUAUGCAAAUUGGUACCUAUAUUGAAAGAAAUAUCAAUUCCGAAAUGUCGGGAAAUAUCAUUGAUUUAUGUCCUGUUGGUGCUUUAACUUCAAAGCCAUAUGCUUUUAGAGCUAGACCAUGGGAAUUGAAGAGAACUGAAACUAUUGAUGUUUUGGAUGCGGUUGGAUCAAAUGUCAGGGUUGAUUGUAGAGGUAUUGAGGUUAUGAGAGUGUUGCCUAGAUUGAAUGAUGAUGUUAAUGAAGAAUGGAUUUCUGACAAGACUAGAUUCGCCUGUGAUGGUUUAAAGACUCAACGUUUAACUGCUCCAUUGAUCAGAAAUGGUGAUAAAUUUGAAACUGCUACAUGGGAUGAAGCUUUGUCAACUAUUGCUGCUGCUUACACCAAAAUCAAACCACAAAAUGGUGAAUUGAAAGCCGUUGCCGGUGCAUUGGUUGAUGCAGAAUCAUUGGUUGCAUUGAAGGAUUUGGCUAACAAAUUGGGUUCAGAAAAUGUCACUACUGAUGUGCCACAAGCCGUUGAUGCUCAUGGUUUGGACAUUAGAUCAAACUAUGUUUUCAACUCAACCAUUGAUGGUAUAGAAGAUGCUGAUCAAAUUCUUCUUGUGGGAACAAAUCCUAGAUUUGAAGCUGCUACCUUAAAUACAAGAAUAAGAAAAGUGUGGUUAAGAUCAGGCUUGGAAAUUGCUUCCGUUGGACAAGAAUUUGACUCUACUUUUGAUGUCACCAGAUUGGGUGAUAAUGCCAAUGAUCUUAAAAAGGUCCUUGAUGGCGAAUUUGGUGAAAAAUUAUCCAAAGCUUCAAGACCAUUAAUCAUUGUUGGAUCAGGUGUUGCUGAUUCCAAAGAUGCCCAAGCUAUUUACAACACAGUUGGUGAAUUUGCAUCAAAACACAAGAACUUCAACACUUCUGAAUGGAAUGGUGUCAAUUUAUUACAUCGUGAAGCUUCAAGAGCAGCAGCAUUGGAUAUUGGUUUCAACACAUUAACCGAACAAACUUCAACACCAAAAUUCAUUUAUUUAUUAGGCGCUGAUGAAAUCUCCAAUAAUGAAAUCCCCAAGGAUGCAUUUGUUGUUUACCAAGGUCAUCAUGGUGAUGUUGGUGCUUCAUUUGCUGAUGUAAUCUUGCCUGGAUCAGCAUACACGGAAAAAUCCGCCACUUAUGUCAAUACCGAAGGAAGAACUCAAAUUACUAGAGCUGCUACUAACCCACCAGGAGUUGCACGUGAAGAUUGGAAGAUUUUGAGAGCAUUGUCAGAAUACUUGGGUGCCAAAUUACCAUACGAUGAUAUUGUUUCAAUAAGAUUGAGAUUAGGAGAAAUUGCCCCACAUUUGGUAAGACACGAUGUUAUUGAACCUGUAUCUUCUGAAAUUGCUCAAAUUGGAUUCCUUGAUUUGGUAAAUAAGAACAAGAGUGCUAAAGCUGUUGGUGAACCUUUGAAGAAUCCAAUUACAAAUUUCUACUUUACUGAUGUUAUAUCUAGAUCUUCACCAACUAUGGCUAAAUGUGUUGCUGCAUUUGGUGCUAAAAUCGACAAGAUAAAGGAUGAAAAACCAGCUAUCAACUUUUAA